AUGUGCAUCGCGGCGUGGACAUGGCAGGCUCACCCGGCGUACGGCCUGCUCCUCCUCUUCAACCGCGACGAGUUCCACUCCAGGCCGACGCGGCCAGCGCAGUGGUGGGCCGCCGCGGGGGAGGGCGAGGAGAUCCUCGGGGGCAAGGACGAGCUAGGCGGGGGCACGUGGCUGGGGUGCACUAAGGGAGGGAAGUUGGCCUUCCUGACGAACGUCCGGGAGCCCAGCCCCCGGGUUGGGGCGAGGUCCAGAGGGGAGCUUCCCGUCAGGUUUCUCCAGCAUGCCAUAGUUGUGUCGAAUGUUAUCCUGGCAUAUGAUGCUGAUUCAACUUCAUCUUUCAAAUUCAAAAUAGGAGGUUUGCCUCUGUUGAAUGACCUCUUCAAUUUGCAAGUGACCAGCCCAUUUGACUUUCCUUACAUAUGGGAGGGCAGGCAGGGUCCAUUGGAGUAUGCAACUGAAAUUGCAAAGGAAGCAGAUCAGUACAAUGGUUUUAAUCUUGUAUUGGCUGAUGUGCGUUCAGGAACCAUGGUGUACAUCUCUAAUAAGCCAGGUGACGCUCCUGUGGUUCAAACAGUUUCUCCUGGGUGUCAUGUGCUUUCUAAUGCUGCUAUUGAUUCCCCUUGGCCAAAGGUGUUGCGCUUGGGACAGAGCUUCAACGGAUUUCUUGCAGCACAUGAUGACGCAGAAGUCUCUUUGAAGCAGAUGGUUGAAGAACUGAUGACAGAUACGGUCAAAGCUGACAGAUCUGUGGUGCCUGACACUGGCGUGGAUCCUGACUGGGAAUACGAGUUGAGCUCUAUAUUCAUCGACACGAAAAAGGGACAGGCAAGAUACGGGACACGAAGCAUGGCUGCCAUUGGGGUGAAACUGGAUGGUGAGGUAACUUUCUACGAGAAGUCCUUGGCCAGCAGCUUGUGGAAUGAGAAUGUAGUACAGUUUGAAAUGGAGAUGGCACAAUAG